GAAGCGGCGCGCGACCGCGCCAUUUCGUCGGCGCGCUCUCGAACAUGGCCGAGGUGGCUGCGAGCGUGGACAGCGACGACCGGGACGUGGACAGGCCGCGGUUCGGCACGCGGAAUUUGCCCCACGACGGGAACGUCUUCCAGCACAAUGCGUGGGAUAAUGUCACGUGGGAUGAGGAGCAAGAGAAGUUGGCGCAACAGAAGGUGAACGAGAAUUCCACUAUUACGAAGCUACCCGAGCAACUUGCUCAAUAUGAGACUGAAGCGGAUAAAUAUUGGGACAAGUUUUAUGGGAUACACAAUAACAGGUUUUUUAAGGACAGGCAUUGGUUACUGAUCGAGUUUCCGGAAUUAGCGCCCAAUACCGUGAAACGGGACACGUUAAGACCCAUGAGAGCUGCACUUACGGACGAAGAUGAAAGCUAUGGAGACAGACACAUAAAAAUUCUCGAUUUACCAUGUAAAGACAAUUGUAGAAUAUUGGAGAUAGGAUGUGGUGUGGGAAACACCGUGUUUCCUAUACUCAUGUAUAAUACAGAUCCAAAGUUAUUUGUAUACGGUUGUGAUUUUUCGGCAAAAGCCAUCGAUAUAUUACAACAAAACCCUGCUUAUGAUGUAGACAGGUGUAAAGCAUUUGUCCUGGAUGUAACUCAGGAAACGUGGAUGACUCCUUUCGAGCCUGAAAGUCUGGACAUCAUCGUACUUAUAUUCGUAUUGUCUGCCAUUCAUCCCGACAAGAUGCAACAUGUUCUGCGACAAAUAUAUAGGUAUCUAAAACCAGGUGGAAUAGUUUUAUUUCGUGAUUAUGGCAGACACGAUUUAGCACAAUUAAGAUUUAGGCUAGGUAGCUGUAUCGGCGAGAAUUUCUACGUACAUAAAGACGGCACCAAAGUAUACUUUUUUUCGCAAGAGGAUGUUAAAAAGCUAUUUACCAGUAACGGCUUCAUCGAAGAACAAAACUUUGUAGAUAGAAGGCUCCAAGUUAACAGAGGUAAACAGUUGAGAAUGUAUAGAGUGUGGGUGCAGGCAAAAUAUCGGAAGCCAUUGACGAACCAUCUAACGUGAAUAUCAUUAUUACAUUUCGGCUAAAAAGACGAAAAAAAGCGAAAAUUAUAGAAUAAUUGCAUAGAAAUAUAUUUUUACAUAUUGUCCUCGAGCUCUUAGAUGUUUGUUCCAUGUACAUUAAAAAUUAACUUUUUUUAAAGAAUUUCUCACAUUUAACAAAUUAACUUAUCGUUAUACAAUAUUUAAAUAAUGUAAUUACUUUAGACCAUUUAUAACAUUAUUUGAAUCAGUGCAAAUAAAUAAAAAACUCAAUAUAUGCAGAAUUAUGCUAAGAUAUCAA